AUGUAUCUCUUGUCAAAGUCAAAUCAUUCAAGAAAACUUGUAACAUCAUCAUUUUCGUCGACGUUAAGAUCAUCAUCAUUAUCAUCAUCGUUUGAUCGAAUUUCUAAACAACAAUACUAUGGUUAUAGUAGUGGUAGCACUAACGGGACUAAUAAUACAAGUCCUCCAACAUUAAACAAGAUAAAUGAAUUACAUAGUGGAGUAAUCAAGAAAACAUAUAGUCAUUAUGGGUUGGGAUCGUCAGUACUGAUGAAUGAUAUCAAACAUGUCAACAAUAAUGAUACAACACAUACAUCGUCAUUGGUGAUUGAUACAGACAAUCAACAAAAGUUGACAAAGAUGUUUCAAAAACUAUUCCUUCCAAAGGGAUACCCUCAAAGUGUUACACAUGACUACUCACAAUAUAUGAAAUGGAUGUUUCUUCAGAAUACUCUUGGUUCUACAACUUAUGUACUCUCAACACAUGCACUUUUAACAAGUGUCGGUGUAGGUUUAUCUACUUCUUUACCAUUUGCAGCUGCCAUCUCUUGGGUAUUAAAGGAUGGUUUGGGAGCAUCAGCAUUGGUAUUAUUUGCAAGUAAAUAUAGUACAUCAUUGGACUAUAAUUUAAAGAGUUUUAAAUUUAGAGGUGAUAUAUUACACAAUGUAGGAGUCAUGUUGGAGAUGCUUACUCCAUUUGUACCUGGAUACUUUUUACCAUUGGCAUCUGUAUCGAAUCUAUCAAAGGGGUUGGCAGGGUUAAUAUACGGAGCUACAAGAGCUUCCCUCAAUCGAUCAUUUUCACUUCAAGAGAACCUUGGUGAUAUCACUGCCAAGUAUCAGUCACAGAGUAUGGCAUCCUAUCUCACUGGUAUGGGUCUCGGGACAACCAUUGGUCUAUUAAUGUCUCCAAUGACUACUACCGCCAAUUUAUGUGCUGUAUUUAUCAUUUCACUUUUACAUAUGUCUUGUAGUGUAAAAUCAUUAAAAUCUAUUUGUUUAAAGACAUUAAAUUCACAAAGAUCAAAAAUAAUUAUUGAUCAUUGGUUAAGAGAAAAGAUUAUAUUGUCUCCUGAAAUUGUAAACAAGAAUGAAAAUUUUAUGUUUUCUUCAUCGACUGAUACACCAAAGAUUCAUUUUGGAUCAUCAAUUGAUCAAUGUUUUAAAGGACAAGAUGAAAUUGAUUCUGUGAUGGAAUAUAUUCAAAAUAAUAGAAUCACUCCAUCACAAUUACAAAAUAAUAAUAGUAAUAAUAAUCACCAACAAAAUGGAAAGUAUUCAUAUGUAAUUAAACCAACAACAAAUGAAAAGAAUGGUGGGACAAUUGAAUAUCAUGUACUCAUUAUAGAUUCAAAUCCAGAUGUUUUGGAUAAUGCUGGAGAUAUUUUAUCCAAAUCAAAUGCCAACAAGGAAUUGGUUGAUAAUUUAAAUAUGGUAUUAUUACAAUCAUUUUAUCAUAUUCAAAAAUUAGUUUAUAAUGGUUCCAUUGAUUCAUCAAUGGUUGGUCAAGAAGAAUUGGUCACAGAAUUUAUAACAUUUACACAACAACUACUUGAUAAUGAUUGGAAUCCAACUCAUAUACUUUUUGAAUAUAAUGAUGUAAAAUUAUCAUUACAACAACAAUAA